UGGGUUUUGGGAGAUAUUCUAAUAGUUUAUAAGUUAUUCUGAGAAGCCUGUCCUCCUCGUCUUAUAUAAUUAUAGUUACUCUGUUCUGUAUUGAAGACAUGUCAAAGCCAAAGGUCUCCUAAACUUGUUUGCUUUUCUAUGUUGCAUUGUUUUCUUUGAUGGAUUUUCCUGUUAUGCAUCUAACAUUGAUGAUUCAUCAUUCUUCUCUGCCACUCGUUCUCUGCACAGACAACCGGCAAAAACUAUAUUGUCAGUGGAGAUGGUGUGCUGCAAGUGCAGGCAGAAGGUAAUGAAGUUAAUAUCAACCAUAGAAGGGAUAACUUCUAUUGUCCUUGACCCAUCAAAAAACACAGUCACUGUUGUUGGUGAAGCUGAUCCCUUGAGGAUCAUCGAGAUGGUCAGGACAUUCAAAAAGUCUGCAUCAAUUGUGAGUGUAGGGCCUCCCAAGGAUGAAAAGAAGGAUGAAAAGAAGGAUGAAAAGAAGGAUGAUCGGAAAGAUGUCAUGCUUUAUAAUUAUCCUGCUCCGAAGAUAUGUCAAAGAUGUGAUGUUUGGUAUGUUGUUGGUCCAGGUGCUUACAGUUACUGCUCCAUUCUGUAAUUUUAGAAAUCAAGGUUUGUCAAUGCCUGUAUCACUUACAUCAGUUGUCUUCUGUUCUAUCUAUAUCAAAACAUAUUGUAGUUGAUAGAAAAUAAAAAAUGAUAUUAGAA